AUGGCUAUCGAACAAAAAGCACGCCGGCGCAAGGAGCAGCUGGUUGACCAGCUCCCAAAGCGGUUCAAGGCGUUAAAGUUCGGGGUUCAAUCGCACCAAGACAUAGUGAGCCAGGGUGUUCUUGAAGUCUCCGACAAUUUGCUCUACGAUGUGGAAAACAGGCGAGCGGCGUUCCCCCAUGGACCCCUGGACCCACGCCUGGGAACCUCGAGCACGAACCGCGAAAGCAAGUGCAGCACAUGCCACUUGGGGCUGCAAGAAUGCCCUGGUCAUUUCGGCCACGUUCGCCUGCCGUUACCCGUCUUCCACAUCGGCUACCUCAAGUACAUCCAAGCGACACUACAAAAUAUCUGCAAGGACUGCGCCAAAAUUCUCUUGCAGGAGCCCGAACGGCGCCAGUUCCUGAAAGAACUGCGCCGCCCUGGGAUCGACAAUCUGAGGCGAUCAGGAAUAUUGAAAAGAAUCAACGAGCAGUGCAGAAAGGCGAGGACAUGCCCGCAUUGUGGUUCCAUACAAGGCGUCAUCCGGAAGUUGAGCGUCAUGAAGCUUGUGCAUGACAAGUUCUCGGCCUACAAUAAAUCGACGGCCCAAAAGAAGAUUGCGCCCGAGAGCAAAGUCGAGUUUGAUGCAUCGUUCGACCAGGCCAAGAAGUACACGCCCGAGCUGGAGAAACAUACACGAAAGGCCAUGGAGGACUUGAAUCCCCUGAAAGUCUUGAACCUCUUCAGGACGAUUAGUCAGACCGAUUGUGAACUGUUAGGGUUGGACCCCUCCGAGGGUCGACCCGACAUGUUCUUGUGGCAAUACCUCCCAGCUCCUCCCAUCUGCAUCAGGCCGUCUGUUGCGCAGGAGAAUGCUAGCAACGAGGACGACAUCACGAGCAAGCUUUCAGAAAUCAUUCUCUACGCUGGUCACUUGCGAGAGUCGUUGAAGAAGGGGGUUGCGUUGCCGGUCAUUAUGGAGCAGUGGGAGUUCUUGCAGCUGCAAGUGGGCAUGUAUGUCAACAGCGAUGUACCGGGUCUCUACCAACCCGGCUUCGGGAAGCCGAUUCGCGGAUUUUGUCAGCGCCUCAAGGGCAAACAAGGGCGGUUCCGUGGCAAUCUUUCGGGCAAGCGUGUCGACUUCUCCGGACGAACUGUUAUCUCGCCCGAUCCCAACCUGAGCAUUGAACAGGUGGCAGUUCCCGAAUUGGUGGCCAAGAAUUUGACUUAUCCAGAGCGGGUAAAUCACGCGAACAUCGAGAAGUUGAGGGAGCGCGUCAUCACCGGGCCUAAUAUUUGGCCCGGCGCCCAAGGUAUCAUCAAGAAGGAUGGGGCCAAGUAUAACCUAAAGAUCGGCAAUGAAAGUCUCCGCGAGAAACACGCCAACAGCUUAGAGCACGGAGAUGUUGUUGAGCGCCAUCUAGAAGACAACGAUGUCGUCCUCUUCAACCGGCAACCUUCGCUACACAAGCUUAGUAUCAUGAGCCAUCUCGCCAAAAUUCGACCCUGGAGGACGUUCCGUCUCAAUGAAUGCGUGUGCACCCCGUACAACGCCGAUUUCGACGGAGACGAGAUGAACCUGCACGUUCCACAGACUGAAGAGGCUCGGGCAGAAGCCAUCAACUUGAUGGGCGUCAAACACAACCUCGUCACGCCCAAGAACGGCGAGCCGAUCAUUGCCGCUACACAGGAUUUCAUCACUGCGGCUUACCUUCUGAGCAGCAAGGAUAUCUUCUUCGACCGGGCGUCGUUCACCUAUGUCUGCACUCAGAUGCUUUUGGGUGACACCCAUCUCGAGCUCCCCCCUCCUGCGAUCAUCAAGCCCAAGGCUCUGUGGACUGGCAAGCAGAUCUUCAACGUCCUGAUGCGGCCCAACAAAGAGUCACCCGUCCUUGUGAACUUGGAGGCCAAGAAUAAAGUGUUUACGAAGAAGAAUGAUGGCCAGAUUCCCGACAUGGACGUUGAUGACGCCUUCUUGGUUGUUCGUAACUCGGAAGUUAUGUGCGGGAGGAUGGACAAGUCCACGGUCGGAGGAGGCAAGAAGAACUCGGUCUUUUACGUGAUCCUCCGUGAUUUUGGGCCGGACUAUGCGGCGGUCGCGAUGAAUCGGUUGUCCAAGCUCUGCGCCAGAACCCUGACGCUUCGGGGGUUCUCGAUUGGUGUGGGGGAUGUGUGGCCGUCGGGGCCCCUGACGAGCCACAAAGCCCAACUUGUCGAGGACGCCUACAAGAAGUGCGAUGAUCUCAUCGAGACCUAUAGGCAAGGAAAAUUGGAGAAGGCCGCCGGCUGCAACCUUGAGGAGACGCUCGAAAACUCCAUCUCUGGUAUUCUCAGCAAAGUCCGACAGCAGGCGGGUGAUUACUGUGUUGAGAACCUCAGCAAAAACAAUGCUCCGCUAAUCAUGGCUAAUUCCGGAUCUAAAGGUUCCAACAUCAACGUGGCCCAGAUGGUUGCCUGCGUCGGUCAACAGAUUAUCGGCGGCAAGCGUGUGCCCGAUGGAUUCCAGGACCGCAGUCUGCCGCAUUUCCACAAGAACGCGCGUCAACCUCCGUCCAAGGGUUUCGUGAGGAACAGUUUCUACACCGGUCUGGUCCCGACCGAGUUCCUGUUCCACGCUAUCUCUGGUAGAGAAGGCCUCGUCGACACGGCCGUCAAGACAGCCGAGACAGGUUACAUGUCCCGACGACUGAUGAAGUCACUGGAAGACCUUUCGACACAAUACGACGACACCGUUCGAACAUCGGAGGGAGGCAUUGUUCAGUUCCAGUAUGGCGCUGAUCGGCUCGACCCCGUUGAUAUGGAAGGCGAUGCCAAGCCCGUAGACUUCACGAGGACGUGGAACCAUGCGCAGAGCAUCACGUGGAGCAAUUCAGACACGUCGCUGCUGCCCUGGGAAAUCCAAAAGAUGAGCAAGACAAUCCUGGAUGAGGAGCGGAGUAAGUAUGUUAGGCGCCAUCUCGUCACGAACGAGGAGAUCAAGUACGACGACGAGACGAUCAGUCAGAGCAUGGAACACGACGUCUUGAUCGCCAUCGACGAGCACGAGAGCGCCAGAGUUUACUUGAACACCAUCCGCGACUAUGUCAUGGAUCGCGCCAUGAAAUUGGCGAAGGCUCGGAAGGGGGUGGGGUUGGAUCCCUGCCUUCCGGAUGACAAGGCGAUGAAGGAAGAAGUCGACAAGUGGGAGCCGGUGAAGGCAGACGACUCAGAGAUGGAUGUCGACACCCUUGGAAAGCCCUGCCAGCCAUUGGAGUAUGUGCUGAGAGACCUGCGGCGGGAACUCAACGAGGAGGACGAGCUCGACGACGCGGCUCGACAAGCGAGGAUUCAAGUUAAGGCUCGGGCCCACGUCGACCGCGUCGCCAAGGUGUCGGAGCGCACACUACGGCAGUUCAUCCAUAUGUGUCUGCACAAGUACAAGAAGGCACAAGUGGAGCCUGGCCACGCGGUGGGCGCCGUCGGAGCACAGUCUAUCGGUGAACCCGGCACGCAGAUGACGCUCAAGACGUUCCAUUUUGCUGGUGUCGCUGGUAUGAGCAUCACGCAGGGUGUGCCGCGUAUCAAGGAAAUCAUCAACGCCUCGAAGACCAUUAGCACACCCGUCAUCAGCUGUAAGCUAGAGAAUAAGGUGGAUAUCAAGGCGGCGCGUGUGGUCAAGGGCAGGAUCGAGAAGACAUACAUCUCGGACGUCAUCUCGUACAUCGACGACGAGUGGCUCCCGGACGUCGCCAAGAUUGUUCUCCAGGUGGACCUGCAGGCACUAUCGGACAUGCAGCUCGGCAUCACGAUGAAGGAUAUCGCCGACGCUAUCGUGCGGGCCAAGAAGCUUAAACUCAAGAUCGAGCCUGAGGACUUGCGGAUCGGCCGCGAUCGUGUCGAGGUGAUCGUCCGUAACACGUGGCAGGACGUUACCGCAGCGCGCAAAGCAGCUCGGGUCCGGGCGGCUGCCGUGGAAAAGGGCCACCUCAUCUCCAGCGCGAUGGACGAGUCGGCCGCUGAUUUCCAGCUCCGCGUCAACUUCCUCAAGCGCAUGCUCCCGCAGGUCGCCAUCUCAGGAUACCCCGAAGCCGCGCGCGCCAUCAUUCAGACGAGUGAGAAGAACGAGAACAAAGUGCUUGUCGAGGGGUACGGGCUGCGGGCGUGCAUGACGACCGAGGGCGUGAUCGGCACCAAGUGCGUGACCAACUCGGUCAUGGAAUGCCGCGACGUGCUAGGCAUCGAGGCCGCGCGCACGACUAUCGCCAACGAGAUCGGGUUAGUCAUGGGUGACAUGGGCAUCGACCCGCGCCACAUGGACCUGCUGGCCGACGUCAUGACCUACAAGGGCGAGAUCCUGGGCAUCACCCGUUUCGGCCUGGCCAAGAUGCGCGACAGCGUGCUGCAGCUGGCGUCGUUCGAGAAGACGCCCGACCACUUGUUUGAUGCGGCCGCCGGCAUGAAGGGGGAUCGCAUCCAGGGCGUGAGCGAGUGUAUCAUCAUGGGGCAGAGCAUGUCGAUCGGCACCGGCGCGUUCCAGGUGGUGAGGCGGCUGGGGAUACGCGAUCACCAGGUCUCGCCGAAGCCGACGCUGUUUGAGGAUGCUUGGAAGAAGGAUGAGAUGAUUCGGCGGAAGUCGAGGUUUGAGAAGCGGCGGAGUGGGAUGAUGGGCGGGAUGGAACAAGGGGGGAUGGUGGCUGUUGCUGGGUAG